GGUGGUGACACAACAGCGCCUGGGAUUAGAAAUGACUGAGGACAAGUUGAGGAAACCGCUGUGAACAAAGAGUGCAGUCAAAUCUGGUAAUAUAUAUCAACUUCAUUGAUAUUUGUAACGUAGCUAAAGUUACUUUUGGCUAGCUAGUUAGUUCAGACCGCCGAGCUCCAGUCCGUCCCAGCCGACCAUGACUGUUCAGCAGCAGGUUGUCCGCCGCCCCCCGCAGCCCUCCAUAAUCACCCAGAAAGUGCAAUUAACUAUCAAACUCUUUAUGCUGGAAAACGCCCGAAAUACACUUGAACAAGAACUUCUCAACCUCACCAACAAGGCCUAUGAAGAGGUUCAAGGUUUCUUGAAUCUAUCUUUUCCCACUAGUGUCUUCAGUGAUCUCGCAAAGGCUUUGGACACAAAAUGUCAAGCCAUUGACAAGCUCUCUGCUUCAUUAAAAGACCUCACAGUUGAACAAGUUUGUGGACAGCAAGCUGUCAAAAAUGGAGUGAGUACAAACCAACUUCAGCCACUCAGGGACAAAGGGACCCUGUCGACCGAUGUUCUCAAGUUUGGGUCCAUGUUGCAGAACUCGCUCAUGGCAAGCUCCAUAGCCAAAGCAGUGCAGGUGCUUGGAGCCACGCUGUCCCUCCAGCAGUUGAAACAUUUCCUCAUCUCCCAGCCUGCAGCAGUCCAGCAGGAUGACUUUAUAUGCGCUGUUGCAAUUACAAGCUCAUCGUCUCACUUAGAGGCUAAAGGAAAAGAACAUGCUGUUGUUUUAGAGGAGAAACGGCCGUCAGAUCCUGUAAUUCUUCCACCUGCGAUCAUUAACAGACCCAAGAUCAACCCAGAGAGGCCACCACUACUACUGCCUCACAUCCCUAUACUCCCAGAGACCAGUAACCCGAAUCCAAUGAAAAUAACACCACUAAUGAGCUGGGGACGUGAGGAUGAUGUCCAGGUGCAACACCAAAAACAAACAUCCUUUCAGCUGCUUCACUUCCUCAGAGAAAAAGCUAAAAGCAUGGGUGCACUCGAGGUCAAUGUCAAGGAGUGGAGUAAUGGUAUGUGCACAUCAAGUUCGCCACAGUGGCCUGCCAUCAAAACACAAAGCUACCAAUUCAGACAUGUUGUGACAGAUGAUUUGAUUAAUGCAAAUGCGCCUAAAACGUUAUGUGCAGACAUUGAAAACCAAGCCCCAGUCUUCAGAGUAAAAAGAGUGGAAUCAACUGGCUCGCUGACCUACACUUGUGUGAUUGCAACAAAGACUGAAUUGUGGGAUAUUGCAGACAUCUAUACAGAGGUGGGACAGGGAGACUUUAAAGUUAUCCCUUUGGAAAGUAAUUACUUCCCAAAUGUAUCAGCUCAGGUGGAGAACAACGGUCUAAACGUCCAGCGGGAAAUCCAAACUCCCAGGUGCACAGAGCCUGAACUUGUUAGCCAAUUUGCUGGUGCAAAAUCGCCAGUGAUCAACUGCAUCACCAUUCCUGAGUUCCAGAUCCGGAGGUUUGAAGAGACUGAGGUUGUGGUGUCUCAUAUCAUCAGCCCGGGCAACUUCUAUGUACAACACGCAGACUCCAUCAUGAAGCUGCAAGCCCUUGUCACAGACAGCUGGAAAGCCAGUAGAUCAUAUGCCGCGCAGAACUGCAUUCCAGACAUUGGAACCCAAGUAAUGGGUUGGUUCCCUAAGCAAGAACAAUGGUGCAGGACUCGGGUGACGAAGAUAUGUGGAGUAAGUAGAGCCACUGAUGGUGCUGGGAGUGACACAUCCAUCAAGGUGGAGGUGAAGCGGCUGGACCACGGCGACACAGCCUGCCUGUCACUUUCGAACAUCAAGGAGCUGAACACAGAAAUGGCCGUCCUACCACUUCAGGCUGUACAGGUCUCACUCGCAAAAGUGACGCCUGUGAAUGGGAGUGAUUGGUCUGAGGAGGCAGUGGGCUGGUUCAGAUACAUGGUGCUCAGCAGAACGCUCUAUGCCAGACUUUACCCACAGGGGCCCAAAGUUACAGUCGAGCUGUUCUUGGAAAAGGGAAAUCUCGGAGCUAUGAGGAGGGGUGCAUCACUGUCUUUGAGGCUGGCCCAGAACGGGCAUGCAAAACAUAACAAACUGAAGAAUGUUGGUCUCAUGAAAAUAAGCCCAGUUCAAGUUAAAAAGAGGAAACAAGACUCUGAGUGGGAGAAGUACCUCAUCUCCUGCUAUACUCAAAACCUGGAGUCGAAAAUGAACUGGGGGUCCUUUUAUGCCGUGAUCAGCGGCGUAAAUAGGCACUCUACCGGCAUCGGACGCGUUUGGCUCUCCGUCAUCUUCAUCUUCCGUAUCCUGGUCCUGGUGGUCGCUGCUGAGAGCGUUUGGGGAGAUGAGAAGUCCGGCUUCACAUGCAACACCCAGCAGCCUGGCUGCAACAGCGUCUGCUACGACCAGUUCUUCCCCAUCUCGCACAUCCGCCUGUGGGCGCUCCAGCUCAUCCUCGUCUCCACCCCCGCCCUGCUCGUGGCCAUGCAUGUGGCCCACCGACGCCACAUCGACAAGAAGAUCUUGAAGAAGACGGGCCGCAGCAGCCCCAAGGAGCUGGAACGCAUCAAGAGCCAGAAGUUUCAGAUCAUCGGAGCUCUGUGGUGGACAUACAUGAUCAGUAUCAUCUUCAGGAUCGUCUUCGAGGUGGCUUUUCUCUACAUCUUCUACUCGAUCUAUCCUGGCUUUAGGAUGUUGCGGUUGGUAAAGUGUGACUCGUACCCAUGCCCCAACACAGUGGACUGUUUUGUCUCCAGACCGACAGAAAAGACCAUAUUCACUGUGUUCAUGCUGGCAGUGUCUGGCGUGUGUGUGCUGCUUAACCUGGCUGAGGUGGUAUACCUCAUAGGCAGGGCCUGUAAACGGUGCUUACAAGGCUCUGAGGAAGAGUCCAAAGUACCAUGGAUAAGUCAAAGAUUGUCUUCUUAUAGGCAAAAUGAAAUCAAUCAGCUGAUAGCAGACCAUUCUCUCAAGUCUAAGUUAACUGUGACCAAAAAGAGCCCAACUGAGAAGGGUGAAAGGUGUUCUGCUUUCUCCCAGAUCCGAGCUCACACAGCCAUGGGGGACUGGAACCUGCUGGGAAAGCUACUUGAAAAAGCCCAGGAGCACUCCACUGUGGUGGGGAAGGUGUGGCUCACCGUCCUGUUCAUCUUUCGCAUCCUGAUCCUGAGUGCUGCCACAGAGAAGGUGUGGGGGGACGAGCAGUCGGGCUUCAUCUGCGACACCAAGCAGCCCGGUUGCGAGAACGUGUGCUAUGACAUCACUUUCCCCAUCUCCCACGUCCGCUUUUGGGUGCUGCAGAUCAUCUUUGUGUCCACGCCUACGUUGAUCUACCUGGGGCAUAUCCUCCACCUGGUGCGGAUGGAGGAGAAGCAGCAAGACAAGGACAAGCACAGGGAACUUGCACAUCAUUCAGACAAGCAGGCCCUUAUUGCGGAUGGUAAGCACAAGAAGCCUCUGGUGAGGGACGAGAGGGGCCAUGUGCGCCUGCAGGGGGAGCUCUUGCGCACAUAUGUCUUUAAUGUGGUCUUUAAAACCCUGUUUGAGGUGGGUUUCAUUGUGGCUCAAUACCUCUUGUACGGCUUUAAGCUGAAGCCCAUGUACAAAUGUAACAUAUGGCCCUGCCCCAAUGUGGUAAACUGCUACAUAUCCCGUCCCACGGAGAAAACCAUCUUCAUUAUCUUCAUGCUGGGAGUAGCCAGCGUGUCUCUGCUGCUCAACCUCAUAGAGAUCUACCACCUGGGCUUCACCAAGUGUCGCCAGGGCAUCAUCUUCAGGAGAGGCCUUCAAUACUCUGAGAAUCUCCCCAAGGAGCCCAGCGAGGCAGCGGUGGCGUAUGCGCCCAGUUACGACGACUACUUCCACCAAGUGCAGCCACCCUACCCGCCCGUACCCAGCUACAACCUCUCCCCUCUGUCCGAGGGCACAGACUCGUCCUUCCACCCCUACCACAGUAAGGCGGCAUACAAACAGAAUAAAGACAACUUGGAGGUGGAAAGAAGCAGCAGCAACCCAGAGGAAUGUGACCUGAAAGCGAAGAAGGGAGCAGGAUCGGCCCCUGGGUCACCUACGCAGGCCAGGCCCGGCCGCAGUGCCAAACACAGCAACAACAAGACUAGAAUAGACGAUCUGCAGAUAUGAGGAGGUUUAUGUUUCUCCGAGGGUGUCUUAAAUUGCUGUGAGGGGAUCGUAUGUUGUUAGGAAACAUUCACACAUGCCGAACUGACUCCCCUCUUUAAGAUGGCACAGGUUUGAUUCAUUCCAACUUAGACGUGAGUGACAUUCAUACUGCAGGGCACACAGAGUUGUACAGUAAUGUGUAAAGACUGAUAUGGGUCAAUUAUCACAUUUCUAGUGAACUUUUUCAAGGAAGUUCUGCUCCUCUGAGAAGUGUCCCAUAGCUGGCUUUUGUUUUGAAAAACUGAAUUGGAUUUCACAUUAGAUUGUAGCAUUAAUGGUAUAUGGUACACCCUUCGUAACAACACCACUUUUUCAGUCAAUGUUGUGAAGCAUUGGGUUUUAAAAAUAAAUAUUAACAUUUGAUAUGAAUCUCUCCACUGUUCACUAUUGCUAUUGUCCCUGAGAGAUAAAUCAACAGAAAAAACAGUCGGCUCAGGUUUUACAUGAAUGUGAACGCACCUGUGUGUAGGAAGUUGCCCAAACUGUGGGAACAGAAUCCAGGGCAGAGGCUUGUUCAUCCCUGGCCUGACCUCAUUUGAAAAAGUCAAAUGGGUCAAAUAGUUACAUUUAACUUCCUUUAUCUGUUUUGAGGUCACCAUCAAGCAUAGUUCACUUUCUUAGACUUGAAGGGAAAAGUUGUGCAAUACCUGACAACACAUUGGACAUUGGCAAUACUCUAAUUCUACCUAAUUCCAGGACGCGCCUCAGAAGAAAUUACACUGGUCUCAGGAGUUCCCGCAUUUGUGUUGCCUCCUUUAUUGUGACAGCCAGCAAGUACAUAAUUACAAGCACAUUGUUUUGUUGAUCCUUGUUUAUAUCUCUGUUUUGUUUUCUGUAAAGCACUUGGUGACAACCGUAUUUGUAAAACUGCUUUAAAUAAAUCUGUCUUAAAUU